UCUGGGGGGGUCGGCUUAGGAAAUCCAGGCAUGGUUUGGAUGUCCCCAACACCUCUGAUGGGACAACCCCAGCGAGGAAAAGGAUCCAGGAAAUCUUGGAAGAGAAAUUCGGGAUCUGGCUGAGACUGGGAAAGGAACACCCGGAUUCUCCUUGUCUGGAAGGGCAGGAGCAGGAAGGAAAAGGCGCUGCCAGCUCCUCUGUGUCCCCCACAGGUGACCCAGCCCAGCGCCAUGUGCUCCCGCCAGGACAAGGACCAGUGCCACCAGCAGGAACGGGCCUCGUGCCACAGCAGCGGGUCCGGUUGCCACGGCAGCGGUGGCGGAUCCGGUUGCCACAGGAGCAGCGGAUCUGGCUGCCACGGCAGCGGUGGCGGAUCUGGAUGCCAGAGGAGCAGCGGAUCUGGUUGCCACAGCAGCGGAUCCGGUUGCCACGGGAGCGGUGGCGGAUCUGGAUGCCGUGGGACCAGCGGAUCUGGCUGCCAUGGAAGCAGUGGCGGCAGCGGAUCCAGUUGCCACGGGACCAGCGGAGGAUCCUGCCAUGGAAAUCAGCAGGAGUGCCAGCAGCAAAUCUACCAAGUGUCCUCAAAUAAGUGAUGGCCCCAUCACCCCAGCAUGCGGGUGAUCCACAGGAUCCACAGGAUGAUCCACACGAAUGCCUCAGAUCCUGUGCCGUGUUUGGAAAGCUUUGCGUGUCUCCAGCAAUUCCCAAGGAAAUUUUUCUUUCCCCUUCCCUUGUGAACCCUGUAACCUGUCCUGAGCUUUUCCGUGGCUGCUGAAAUAAACUCUUUGCUCA